AUGUCUCACUCUCCCUCAACGGAUGACUCGCAGCACUCACCUUUUGACGAAACAGAUCACAGGAAACUUAGUGCACCGGCCGCCUUGGUCGCUACACCACUACCCAGCUUUGUAUCGAACAACUUAUCGGCCAAUGAAGUGGCUGGCUCAGGUUACGGGUGGUUAACCGCUCCAGACACCCCUGAGCCCUAUCAUGCAGUCGAUUCUGUUAUUCGAGCCCAACAAGUUGGACUCGAUAUAGUGAAGGAGCGAAUACAGUUUACAAAGCAACAAAUUGAAAAAUGCCGUCAAGAUCAACAAAUGAUCGCAGACUUUGUGGCAGAGACUUUCCUUGAUGAGCUAAAUGCGAUGCAGAAUGAAUCGAGCUUCGAAGAUCUUGUAGAAGAUGUCGAACGUCUUCAGAAAGAGGUGGAUGGACUUCGAAAGUCGUCUCCAAGAUCAGUACCACCACCGAGUUAG